CAAUCACAGCCAGGGGUACCCCGAGAAAAUACCCAUGGCGCAUGUGCGGACUAACCCGGAAGUGCUGCGAGUCGGAUGCAGCUGGGAUGUGUUGGAGAGAUUAAGACGAAGUUGUGGAACUGGCACCAGUCUGAUACCAACACGGUUGUGUUAUUAACCAGCAGGUCUGACCACUUCACCUCCCAGUAUCAGCCAUGGUGCGCUGCCAGUCCUGCCCCAGUCUGUGCUCCCGCUCCUCGGCCUACACGCUGGCCCUCGGCCUGGGCUUCGUGGUUCUGGGGACAAGUCGCAUCCUGCUGCUCAAAUUCUCUGCCAACGCAGAGAACAAGUAUGAUUUCCUCCCAGCGUCUGUCAAUCUACUGGCUGAGCUCAUCAAGCUGAUCUUCUGUCUGAUUAUGUCCGUCAGGGUCAUAGUUCGAGAGGGUCGAUCCUGCAGAGAUCUGGGCUGCUCCUCCAGCUCCUCCUUCCUCAGCUCCCUGAAGUGGGCCAUCCCUGCGUUCCUCUACUUCCUGGACAACCUCAUCAUCUUCUUUGUGAUGACCUACCUUCAGCCUGCGAUGGCAGUGUUGUUCUCCAACUUUGUGAUCCUGACCACAGCAGUACUCUUCAGAAUAGUUUUGAAGAGGCGCCUGUCCUGGGUUCAGUGGGCAGCGUUACUCGUCCUCUUCUUCUCCAUCGUGUCCCUGACGACGGGAUCAGGAAGCAGCCAAAACGCCGUCGCCGUGCACAGCCUCCAUUUCCACCCCCUGACCCCCCCCUCCAACUCCUGCCUGCUGUACACACAGCUGCUGGAGCAGAAGAGGAACAGCAGUGUCAGUGACACGUGGGCGUCCUCCCCGUCCGUCCAGCUGUGGAGGAACAGGAUUGUGGGGAAGCUUCAGUCUUUCGGCGUGGGUCACGUGCUGCUGCUGCUCCAGUGCAUCAUCUCCUCCAUGGCCAACAUCUACAACGAGAAGAUCUUCAAAGAGGGAGACCAGCUGACUGAGAGCAUCUUCAUCCAGAACAGUAAACUGUACGGCUUCGGUGUGGUGUUCAAUGCUCUGACCCUCGGGCUCGGCAGUGAGGCACGAGGCCUCACGGCUCACUGUGGCCUCCUCCAUGGACACAACCUCUACUCCCUGGGUCUGGUGCUGGUCACUGCUGCCCUGGGUUUAUCUGUGGCUUUCAUCUUGAAAUUCAGAGACAACAUGUUCCACGUGCUGACGGGACAGAUCACCACCGUCCUCGUCACCACCCUCUCCCUCUUCCUCUUCGGCUUCCGCCCUUCGCUCGACUUCUUCCUCCAGGCGCCCGUGGUCCUGCUGGCCAUCUUUAUCUACAACGCCAGCCGGCCCAAGGACCUGGAGUACACCCUGCAGCAGGAAAAGCUGCGGGUCAUCAACGGAGAGGUGUUCGAGAGGUCCAGAGGGGACGGUGAAGAGCUGGAGCUCCUGACGAAGCCCAACACAGACAGUGAGUCUGAGGACGAGUCUUUGUAGCUCGACUACACAAGAUGCUCGACUACACAAGAUGCUCGACUACACAAGAUGCUCGACUACACAAGAUGCACCUUUUCACUGCU